GUGUGCAAGCGCUGCAGCUCCCUGCUGGUGCCUGGCGUCACGGCCACCGUCAGGCUGGGAGGCCGGCGGCACCGCCGCAUCGCCGUGCGCUGCCUCUGCUGCGCUGCCACCAAGCGCUUCCCCGCUCGGAGCCACUGCUCGCCGCUGUGGAGCGAGCGCCCGGAGGCACAGCUCGUCGAGCCGCAGAGGGGGCCUCCAGCGCCAGCUUCAACACCGGCUUCAGCUGCGAUUCCUACACCAGCGCCAGCUUCAACACCGGCUUCAGCUGCGAUUCCUACACCAGCGCCGGCUUCAGCUGCGAUUCCUACACCAGCGCCGGCUUCAGCUGCGAUUCCUACACCAGCGCCGGCUUCAGCUGCGAUUCCUACACCAGCGCCGGCUUCAGCUGCGAUUCCUACACCAGCGCCGGCUUCAGCUGCGAUUCCUACACCAGCGCCGGCUUCAGCGCCAGCUAUUACAACACCAGCGCCGGCUUCAGCUAUUAGAACACCAGCGCCAGCUCCAGCGCCGGCUUCAGCGUCAGCUUCAGCUGCGAUACCUCCACCAGCGCCGGCUUCAGCACCGGCUUCAGCUGCGAUUCCUACACCAGCGCCGGCUUCAACACCGGCUUCAGCUGCGAUUCCAACACCAGCGCCGGCUUCAGCGCCGGCUUCAGCACUGGGUCCAGCCCCAGCUUCAGGGCCAGCGCCAGUCUGAGCUCCAGCCCCAGCUGCAGCUUUAGAUCACUGAGUCUCAGGGUCUCCGUGCGAGUCUAGGGGUCUCUAUGUGAGUCUAUGGGUCUCUGUGUGGGUCUAUGGGUCUCUGUGUGAGUCGAUGUGUCUCUGUGUGGGUCUAUGGGUCUCCGUGUGAGUCUAGGGGUCUCUGCGUGAGUCUAUGGGUCUCUGCGUGAGUCUAUGGGUCUCUGUGUGAGUCUAGGGGUCUCUGUGUGAGUCUAUGGGUCUCUGCGUGAGUCUAUGGGUCUCUGUGUGAGUCUAUGGGUCUCUGUGUGAGUCUAGGGGUCUCUAUGUGAGUCUAUGGGUCUCUGUGUGAGUCUAUGGGUCUCUGUGUGAGUCUAUGGGUCUCUGUGUGAGUCUAUGGGUCUCUGUGUGAGUCUAUGGGUCUCUAUGUGAGUCUAUGGGUCUCUGUGUGAGUCUAGGGGCCUCUGUGUGAGUCUAUGGGUCUCUGUGUGAGUCUAUGGGUCUCUGUGUGAGUCUAUGGGUCUCUGUGUGAGUCUAUGGGUCUCUGUGUGAGUCUAUGGGUCUCUGUGUGGGUCUAUGGGUCUUCGUGUGAGUCUAUGGGCCUCUGUGUGAGUCUAGGGGUCCUCCGUGGUGACUAACGUCUCGAACAAACACGCACGACGGUGCUGCCACGGCAGAGGUCGCAACCGGGUACCCGAUACCCGUACCCUACCCGAUACCCGGCUACCCGUACCCGGCCGGGUACGGGUACCCGUUUGCGACCCUGGUGCGGCCGGGUACGGGUACGGGUAGGCCGUGAGUCACUGGCGAGUCACCGUGAUUGUCACUCAUUUCCCAACGUCUUGUCUCUUCUCGCAAUUCAAGUUCCUAGAAGCAACCCACCCGCGCCUGCAACAUGGCUUCAUCCCAGAGGUCGCAAUCAGGUACCCGAUACCCGUACCCUACCCGUAUCCGGCCGGGUACGGGUAGGGUACGGCCGGGUAUGGGUAGGGUACGGGUACGGCCGGGUACGGGUACCUAUUUGCAACCCUUUGUGCAGCCGGGUACGGGUAAGGAAUCAAAACCCGUUUGCGACCUCUGUGCU